CGAAUGAGGGGCGUGGUUUUGGUGGUGUCAUGGACUCCCCCAUUCACGAAGCUGUGUCCUAAGUCGUCUGUCAGUUUAUUUCCUAUAAUUUCGUUAGAUAAACACCAACAUUUGAAGGACGUUACGUUCGAGAACUAAUCAUGGGCACUGUUCACGCGAGGAGUUUAGAUCCUCUGCCAAUGCGAGGACCAGAGUUGGGGGUUCAUGCAGAUGACAUUGAAACACCGGAUGUGGAGCAGGAGACCAAGCAAGAGGUUCUUGAAAACAAAGAUGUUAUUGUCCAGCGUGUUCACAUAGACGGUCUAGGAAGAACCAAAGAGGAUUACUUAACAUACGAGAUUGCUGAUGUCUUCCGAGCCAAAAACCUGAUUGACGUCAUGAAGAGAGCCCACAAAGCCAGACAGAACCUUUUACGUCUUGGUAUCUUCAGACAAGUGGAGGUUGUUAUAGAUACUUCACAAGGGGUGGAUGCUCUGCCUAAUGGACUAGACGUGACGUUUGAAGUCACAGAGCUGCGGCGCAUGACUGGGAGCUAUAAUACUAUGGUUGGGAAUAACGAAGGCAGCAUGGUUCUUGGCUUGAAGCUGCCCAAUGUGUUCGGUCAGGCAGAAAAGCUCACCUUCCAGUUCUCCUAUGGCACAAAAGAGACUUCCUAUGGGCUGUCCUUCUUCAAGCCCCAACCUGGCCACUUUGAGCGCAAUUUUGCUGUUAACUUGUACAAAGUCACAGGCCAAUUUCCAUGGAGUUCGCUGAGAGAGACUGAUCGCGGCGUCUCCACAGAAUUCAGUUUCCCUCUCUGGAAGACAAACCACACCCUGAAGUGGGAGGGUGUAUGGCGUGAGCUGGGCUGUCUGGCACGCACUGCCUCAUUCGCUGUUCGGGAGGAAAGCGGCCACUCCCUCAAGUCAUCACUCUCGCAUGCCAUGGUCAUCGACACAAGAAACUCCACAAUCCUUCCCAGGAGAGGAGCCUUGCUUAAAAUAAACCAGGAGCUAGCUGGCUACACUGGAGGAGAUGCCAGCUUCCUGAAGGAAGACUUUGAGAUCCAGUUCAACCGACGUCUAUUCUGGGACUCAGUGCUCUCCACCUCCCUCUGGGGUGGUUGCCUCCUGCCAAUUGGAGAUAAGCCAACUUGCAUUGCUGACAGGUUCUAUCUCGGUGGUCCUACUAGCGUCAGGGGAUUUAGCAUGUACAGCAUCGGCCCACAGAGUGAAGGUGUGACAGGCGACUACCUUGGAGGUGAAAUGUAUUGGGCCGGAGGGGUCCACUUAUAUACUCCACUGCCCUUCCGUCCAGGCAAAGGGGGCUUCGGAGACCUCUUCAGGACCCACUUUUUCCUCAACGCCGGGAACCUGUGUAACCUCAACUAUGGUGACGGACCUCAAGCACACCUGAGGAAGCUGGCAGAGUGCAUCCGCUGGUCCUACGGAGCGGGAAUCGUUCUGCGACUCGGAAACAUCGCCCGACUGGAACUCAACUACUGCAUUCCCAUGGGCGUCCAGAGGGGAGACAGGAUAUGCGACGGGGUCCAGUUUGGAGCUGGAAUCCGGUUCCUGUGAUUUCCCCUUUUCGUUCCUGCAGUAUUUAUUCGUGGAACACAGGGAUUUGUUUUCAUUAGUUUUAGCAAAUGAGACACAUGCCUUAUUAUGGUCACUUGCAAGCUGCCGGUAAUGCAGUGGCUACUACCAACCUUUUGUAAAAUGAACAAGUUUGCAAAUUGAGAUUUUCCUCCAGUUCUAAUGUACAGCAGGAUCCUCCAGUGCACAAUGUGGAUGUUGAAGCUCAGCAAAACCUUAUUUUCUUUUACAUUUAUUCAAAAAAAAAAAUUUAUGCGUCUUCCUGUCAUUGACUUAUACCUUCCGAUUGAUUUUGCUUGGCAUGGUUUAUUGGUUAGUGCACUGAAACAAAAUGGAGUUCAUAUUUUUAGCCUCAAUUUGAGGACAGACCAAUGGAUAUACGGUACCUUCCAAAGGUAUUCACACCCCUCCACUUUCUCCACAUUUUGGGUUAUAGACUUACCUACAAUGGAUGACUUCAUUUUUGCCAUCUAAAAUAUAUAAGCCCUGGAUUGCUGAUGUUAUGAGUUAACCAUUUAGGGGCCUCGAAGCCAACUGGACACCAUGUUGCCAAUAGCCAGAAAGCCCUAUUAUUGUAGACGUGAAUAAAUGUAGAGAUUAGACAUGAACAUAUGCAGACAUUAAUAAAUAUAGGCAUUCAACAAUAAUACAUGUAGACAUUAGGCAGUAGACAAAAAAUUUAGGUAGUUGAAAAAUGUAGAUAUUAGACAAUUAAAAAAUGUUAGCAUGACGUAAAAAAUAAAUGCAUGUGUGUCUCUCAUUCAAAAAGGAAGACCAAUAUAGUUGUGGUGGCUUCAGGACAGUCCUCUAUAAGUCUUCCAGGGUUUAUACUAAGUAUAGACAAGCUUCUGGAUGCUUUGUUAAAGAUUGAUAAAGGCCAGUAUUAGUAAAGGCAGUUUUUUCACCAGUAACAUUACGACCAGAACCUUUUGGACUCAAAAUGUACUUAAAAAUAUAUAUUGCCUCAAUGGUGCAUUCAAUGUACUUGCAUAUGGACACUAUAUGGAUGCUUUUUGUGUCAAUCUCUAUGUUUAGAAUGCAUGAGUUACAGAUUUCUAUGGUGAGAGCAAACAAACACAGAUACUUAUGUCAUAACAGAAGGCACCUGGACCACCUAUUGAAGUGUACCUUUUGUUAAGUAAUCAGGAGUUUGGUUUCGACUUGAUUUUAAACUCACCAAGUUGAAACUGGCAAUAUUGUAAAAAUAAUGAAACAUCAAUAAAUACAGACUUAUACAGAAUUCCCCAACAUUGUGUCUAGAAUGUGUGCAGUCACAUUGAUGACUCCAGUCAGCACUUGCACAAUGUAAACUAAAGAACUGAGGAUUUAGAGUCAUUUGAAGUUGUCUUUUUUAGUUUUUUGACAUAUGGAUGUGUUAUCGUCACUUCAACACUAUUGACAGAUAAAUGUAACUUAAUUUAAUAAAUGACACUGGAAGGUUAUACAUCUGUGUGCAAUAAUUUAUUUAACAGUAAUCUACAGAAAUGCAAUUUCACAAUGAAAAAUAAGUACACGCCUAGCUUCAGUAGCUGGGGUUGUCCCCUUUGGCUAAAAUUAUUUAAUGUAGCUGUAUCUCGUAACGGUCUAUCAGUCUUAUCAAUCAAUCGAAUGUAUUUAUAACCUAACCCUAACGCAAAGAAAAAUGUAGAGAAUGCAUCCCUUAGAUCUACAAGGAUUUACAAUGGAGAAUGUGAACUGACCCUACUCCCCCAGCACAAUAAUAUAGUAGUGUAAAACCUUGGGGCUGAGACGUGAGGAGUCCAGUGACACUGUGGCCCUAUCUGGGGGUAACCCCGGACAGGGCCCAACAGGCCACAAAUCAAUCCACCCACAUUGCCAAGCACCAACAAAAGGGACACCAACAAACCACAACCACAGAGUGGUAUCGCCCACAGAGUUCACUUCUAUUGCUCGAAGGCCGCAACAGAGAAACAACAUUAAGCCAGGAUGUGGACAGAAUCAAGACUUUGCGUUCACCUUCACACUCCUGGGCCAGACUACAUGUAAUUAUAGACCAUGCUGAAGAGAUGAGUUUUUAGUUGUCUCUUGCAUUAACUGGAAGAAUUUUGGCCUUUUUUUCUUAAGGUACUGCUUAAACUGUCAUAUUCGAAUAAUUUCUUAAAUACAUAGCCUGCUUUAAGUCCCCCCACAGCAUUUCGAUAGUAUUUAAAUAUGGGCUUUUUUACAACCAUUACAUAACACAACAAUGUUUUUUUUUUUUUUACCUCUGCUUGUGUGUUUUGAAUUAUUUUCUUGUUGCAAGAUCCAUAUUUGUUUUUUGACAGAUGGCCUCAUGUUCUGCAUAAUGCUAUUUUUCCUUGGCACUGUCUAUCUACUCUAUUUUGGGGUUGGUAUGUGUAUAAGCACUUCAUGAAAAUUGCUUUUAUAAAAAUGACUUUCUAAAAUA